UUUUUCACUUGAAUAACAAGAUCCCCCAGAUGGCUUCAAUUUUACUGGUUCCUACAAUCGAGGGUCCAAGAUGUUUGGGGAUAUAUGGACUUGCUAUGCCUAUGGACGAGGAGACGCGCAGGCCGUCGAUUCCGAGGAGAGCUGCGGCCAGGAAAAGUUUCUGAUGAGAGGUUAUUGAUGGUGAUGGCUCAUGAUUGCAAGGAGAGUUACUUAGUUUAUGUUAGUGUCGUCUCCUUGUUUGGUGCAAUGGGAAUACCCCGUCAAGCAGCGGCGUUGUCGGAUUCUGAAGGGAGUCCUAAGAGGGGUUGGAAGUGCAGGCCAGUUUCUAUCCUUGAGGCUUUUUUUAAUCUUACCUUCUAUACCUUAAUAAGGGCUGCUGUCGAUCGGCCUCUUUCCUAUCUUCCGUGUAUCUUACAUUAGCGGCGGAGUCGGAGAGGAUGGAUUUUGGUUCUCCUGUCCUGAACUUUUUUGAGCUGCGGCUUUGAUAAUUUAUUUUUCAAUCACAUUUGACAAGAACAACCUUGCACUGCCUUGGGUUACUUCUCAAUCAUUUUGAGAUCUCAACUAUUAGUUCGCAAAAACUGUAAGAGCAAUCUGGCCCGAUUAAGGUUAUUCUUUAGUCCGAGACCUAAAUAUAGUU